GUUUGAUACACGUAUAAUUAUUUUACUCUUAAUUUAAAACUACACUGUAUUGCCAAUGAGAAACGAACCCAUUCCUGAGGUGGACAUGAGGACGGUGGCCCAAAAUGCAGAGGUUCAGCGGAAAGGCAUUUUGGGCUUUGCACCACGGAUUGGAAUGGUGAUCGUGGACUACGACGAUCUGGACAGGAUCGACAACUUCUAUCUGGAGAGCCAGAAGUACCGGGACUAUUAUCGGGAUCCGCACAAUAUGUUGCACAAACCACCACGCUUCCGCCAGCAUCAGGGAAAAUGUGGCAUCAAACUGGACCACAGUGUGCACCAAUUGACCCAGCCGAUCCAGUGGGUCGAGGAGCGACGCCCACUGGUCUAUCCUCUUUCGAAGGACACCGCCAUGAGGCUGGGCAUGCCGAUCUCACCCAUGAUCAGAGGGCGUCAUGACCCGUCCUCAUCCGUUUCCUUCCUUCGCUAGACCAAGAGGGUUCCCUACGUUCGCAGGUGAGCUGAGGUCCUUUGCGAGGACUUUGUUCCACUUUGAUGGAGGCAUCUGGUGGACCCAAUGGCAUUUGCAAAGAAUCUGAGCUCAUCUGACAACGUAUGAUGGAAUACAGAGGGUCAACUAAAUUAUUAUGUAUACCUUAAUGGGUCUUAUAAAGAUAUU